GAGGCUAGCAGACCUCGCUCUAACAAAAUUAUUACAAAUAUGGCGGAAAAUAAUGAAAACAUUGAAAACGUGGGUGAAGAGUUGAUCGAAUGCCUUGAGACGCAGUUAAUGGAAAUUGAGACCAUAGAAUAUAUGUUUCCUGGUGAUGGGGAACUUGAUAUUACGAAUCGUGAGACUCUUGAUGAUAUUAGGGGGGUCUGCGAAAAAUAUAGAUCAUGUUCAUCAGGAGAUAGCGAUUACAAAACUGCUCUUCUCAAACAGGCAAACUUGCUGCGGAACAUAUUGCUUGACAUAAAGUUAGCAGUUGAGUUUGAAUUCAAUUCUAGUGUCAAUGAAGUAAUCAGUAUUAAUUUUUCACUCCCGUUAUUGUACCCCAACAAAGCUGUACCUAGUGUAUUUGUAUCAGCUGAUUCGCUGACUAGGGAGCAGCAAGGACUGUGGAAUGAAAGACUAAAUGAAUUUAUAAAGGAAAAUGCAACAGGAGAUGCAAUGAUUUACCAGAUCACAGAAUGGUUAAAGGACACAGGAGAAGGUUAUUUUAAGGAGAGUUGUUCACAUUUUGAUAGCUGUUUGUCGGGUAAAAUGCAGAAGAAUGAUUCAAAAAGUGAUUCAGAAACCAAAGCAUCUAUGUGGUUGUACAUGCAUCACAUUUAUAAUAAGAACAAACGUAGGGACAUUAUUAACUGGGCAAAUGAAUUAAAGCUAACAGGGUUCAGCCUACCUGGCAAGCCUGGUGUUGUACAUGUGGAAGGGUGUGCUGACAAUGUUGAAGAGUUUUUUGUGCGCCUUAGACGUUUAUCCUGGAAAAGAAUGUCUUGUGUUCAUAAAGAAAUUCAUCACGAGGGUAGCUGGAAGCAGAGUUUUGAAAAUUUUGAAGAGCUUUGUUUUGAUGCACAUGGCAGAAGAGAUUAUCACAUGGACAUGGGGAAAUUUCAAAUGUUUUUAAAAGAGCAUGACCUUGGACAUAUGUUUUCCACUUUAUUUGGUUUGAAAGAAAAAUGAUAUGACUAGUAGAAUUUUGGCAGUAAAACGUAAGAUUCCAUCAGAAGUUAAAUUUUUAAAUUUAUUUUUGUAAUACAAAACUAAUCAAGUUUAAGAAAACAUGUGUCAUGAACUAGAUUUGGCUAGUGCAAUA